GUGUACAUCGUCCUUAUCGCUGUGUCCGUUUUCUUCAUACCCGCGUUUAUCAUUCUGGUGUGUUACCUGGCCAUUAUCAUCAUCAUCAUCAACAGCAGUCACCUAAUGGACAGUGUCACCAAUAACACUACCAGCACCAACGGGGAUGUAUCAAGGGAUAGCAGCUCUCGGUCUAAACGAAAUGCACAGUGUCAAAGUUCAAGAGGCAUCAUCCCACAAGCCAAAAUAAGAACCAUCAAAAUGACCUUUAUCAUUGUUUUUGUAUUCAUCAUGUGUUGGAGUCCCUACUUUAUAUUCAACCUGUGUCACGUGUUCGGAGCAUGGCCUCGUUCUGACACGGUCAUCAAACUCACAACAUUCAUACAGAGCCUGGCGCCUCUCAAUUCGGCCGUCAACCCAAUCAUCUACGGGAUCUUCAGCACACGAGUGUGUCGCUACAUCAGACGAGCACCUGUGAUGAGCCGAGUUCCACCGUCAGUGAGUCGGUGCUGUCUGAACAACAAUCCUGCCACUCGAAAGGAAUCUACGGCUGACUACACGAGUAUCAGUGAAAUCGAUGAUUUUAGGUAA